AUGCUUAUUGGACUGGAAGCAAUUUGCCAGCAAGGAACAUCAACAGAUCCUCGUAGUUAUGCAUCACGAAUGCUUCAGGUCUUCAUGUUUAUGGCGUUCAUGUUUCUUUACGUGGCGUAUUCGGCAAAUAUCUUGGUCCUGCUGCAAAGUACCACAGCGUUGACCAAGCAUGAGCAGUUGAUUGAAUACGAGAUGGAUUAUGCAGGCAUGAAUACUUCGGAUUUUAACUAUUACAACUCGGAGACUGCAGAUCGUAUUUUUAAGAAAAACGUGGAUGCCCCGGUGUUGUACUCUGUACAACAGGGAAUGGAGAAAGUCCAACAUGGAGUUUUUGCGUUUUUCUUGGAGGAGCGCUACGGAUCCAUGUACGCCAGGGAUUAUUUUACUGAUUACGAGGUGUGCGGAUUGCAGGAAUUUGGUGCAAGGUAUGAUUUUAGUAUGGGAUACGCCGCGAUUAGCAAACAUUCCGGCUACACGGAAAUUUUUAAAGUUGCCCUGAACCAAAUCACGGAACAAGGAUUUGCCUAUCGUCACUACCUGCGUUACUUCCUUAAACCUGCAUGUUAUUCACAAGGGAGCAGUUUCGACAACAUUGGCAUUCGGGAAAUAUAUCAAGCUAUCGUUUUGGUGGCCAUUGGAGUAUUUUCAGGAGUACUAAUACUUCUAUUGGAGAUAGUAUUGAAUCAAUGCGCUUAG